AUGACAAUAAUGCGGUUGUGCCUGUGGAUUACCGUGCUCGCAUGUGAGGCUCUUUAUGUGGCUCGGUGUCAGAUCCUCAAACGCGAAACAUUAGGAAAUACAGAGCGUCCGCGUCGUGUAUAUCCCUUAUGGCGAUCUAUCAAACAACAGAGAGAUGAACUUACACGCCAAAAGAUUUCGACAGAUACACUAACCACGGUAGCUGUUUCUCACUCGAAUAUGGCUAUCAUAAGUAAAGAGCCGGAUGAUUCCAUAUUGAAUGCGCCAGAUCCAGGUGAAUUGAAAAUAAACCAGUCAACCACGGAAAUAAUAUCUACCUCCGAAGGUACGACGAUUGACAAAAUGGAGGUGUUGCUAAACUUAACAAACUAUGCUACGGAAGAAACUGGAUCCUCCACUACGAUUAUGCUCUCAUCCCCACAUGAUUGGCACAGCAUCCUGGCACACAGUUCAUCACGGCAGAUGAAACCCCAGACAUCAGAAGACGUUAUGAGUUCCAGCUCAACGCUUUCAGGCUCAACUGAUAUGAUCUCUGAUGUAAUGUAUUCACUGAAAGAUUCUGACGAAUUUCGUGACAACUUGUUGAGCUCUGAAUGGAAUUUUGACCCUUACGAGACCCCGGUUGAAGCAAUAACAGGAUCAUCAAAUACACCUGAGUCUUUCAACGCCGGGCUACCCGGUGCAUCAGUAAACUCAGAUACAUUUGACCAUAGCAUCUCUGUGGUUACAGUUUUACCAAGUGUCACCACCUUGGAAACAUUACCAUUAGAGCCAGAAUUUACUGAUGUCUUACCAGGAGCCCAUAAUGAAGCCACGACUACAGUGACCAUGGUGGAAAUGGAGACGGUGUAUCACGACAACGCUCAGUCGAUUUCAACAACGAUGACUCCAUCAAGGGUAGAGGCGUCAUCCGAAGUCAGUUUAGAAACAGACAUGUUAACUCCUGGGGCAACAUCAUUAAUGGCCGAUCUAAUAAAGCCAGCCAAUUUAGCGAGCUUAACAUCAGAGCAGGCACCGCAGGCAACCACCCCGUUCGUGACUUUGAGCGAGAGCAAAAAGGAAGAACAGAAGCACAUUGUCGUCGAAACCGAUGCUAACGAGUUUGGAGUAGACCCAAACGGUGCACCCACUCUUCCUCUGAUCACAUCAACCACUUCACCGAAUCAAGGCAUUUCUGUGAAUGGUGAGGAUAAAGUGAAUUCGGAAAACACCAACAGUAGACCCAUGGAAUCUCACACAGUGACGGAGGCCUGCAGUAUAGAACCUUCAACUCACUCGGAGGAAUUGCUCACAACGGUACCAUUGAAAAGGAGUGAUGCGAUUUACACAGACGCGCCAAGCACACAAGUUAACGAGGAUGAUGUGCAAAUUCCAAGUUAUUUAACAACAUACGAUCCUCUAGGAAAGCUAAUUCUUCCCGAGUCCUCAAAGGACAACGUCUCUGUGGCUGUUAGAGUAGUCAGCGAAGUGACGGAUUCCGAUAAAUCGACCGCAGGCACUGGUGAAAAGGAGGAAUUGCCUAUCCCUUCGGUUGGGAAGGAUGGAUUUGACACUAAAAAUGACGAAAUUACUAGGCUCCAAACAUCCAGUGAAGUAAUCUACCCUCAUGAAUCUACUUCGAGUUCAAUCACCCAAAAACCAAUUAUGUUGGUAUCAGAGCCAGUUGAGAUCAAAACAAGUCUGCUGUUAACACCAUUAAUUUCAGAAACUGACAUAGAUAGAGUAGACAAGAAAGAUGCAGCCGCUGCAUCUACUGAUGCUAAUAUCGCUAAGGUGAUCGUCCUGGGAACUACAGUGGCCACAGUUGACCACAAUAUGAAAACAGGUGAUCAUGAAACUAGCUUUACUGUUCCCGAAUGGCUAACCUCGAGCCCACACGACAAAACAACAGAUCCUGACCUAUCUUCAAGCCUGAAGGAGAAUGUUUUGCGUGUGUCCCCAUCUUCUGCUUCGACUGAUAAGGUACCCCAUUAUGAAACCAAGCAUAUUUGCAGCACUGAAAUGAAGGAACAUGCAAGCACUAGUUCACCGGCUCAACCUUCCUCUUUGCGUGCUGCUUCCGAAGGGAUCAUCACCGGAUCAUACUACUCAGGCAAACGAGUCACAGGUACAGAAAAUGAUUCAGAGAGGCCCAUAUUCACCAUGGCUCAAAUACUACCUACAAUACCAAGUGAUAUGAGAUCAACGAUUGAGGCUUUCGGCACUGUAGAACAGACGUCUAUAGAACCCGCGAAGGUGCAGCAACCAUCCACGUUUCCAAUAGCUUCUAUAGCGAUAACCGGUAGGUCGGAUGCUGCAGCUGACAUUGUUCGAGGCUACUUUACCACGACACCUACAACUACUAGAUUCACAUUACCAGAUAACCUCGACACUAUGAAACCCACACAACCGGAAAGACCACUUGCAGCAUCAGUUCAAUCUGAACCGUAUACGGAGUCUGUCUUAUCGCCAGUUAUCCGGAAAGUCAUCGCGACUGAUUCUGUCCUUAGGGUGUUACAGGAAGAAUAUACUAGGUCUGAGAAAAUAGCUUCCAUGUUCCCGACAAGCAGUCUCCAUCUAGCAUCCACAGUAACCACUGGUGCAUCACAAGACACUGCUUCGAGUGUUCAAUUUGUGACCCGAGCAACCCCAAUGGUGCGAACAGAAGGCCAUUGGGAUCCAGUCAAAAAGGCAAGCUUCAAUGGGAAUGAAAACCACCGCGUGCUGCCUGUUAUUCGAGGAAACCUUAUUUCCAAGGCUCAAAGAGAACAGGAGAUUCGAAAGUUUGGCUUUAGCCGUGGUUUGACGGUUGGAUUGGUGAUGCUGGCUGUUCUUGUCGUGUUCGUGAGCAUUGUUGUACUCUUUUUUGUUGUAUGGAGACGCCACAAUUCUCGGAAGAGAGAAGGACAUGCUUCUUUGGUAGAUAGAUUUGAGGCCCCGACAGAUUCGGAGAUGGAGCGUGCUUGUUUUAGCGCUGGGCUACCUAGAAGACCAUCUGAAGAACUGGAUUUUCAGAAUGUUGAAAGAGCGCGAAGUAUACGGGCGCAAAGCCGGUCGGCACGCGUGCAUGCGCUGAAAGCCCCCCCAGAAAAUAUGAGUGAAUCCCAAAUGAGACAUAUCAUGCGAAGGAGGCAGCAGCAACAGCAAAGAAGGGCUAGGCUCCUGGCAAACGACGCAGUAUUGGUUGGAGAACAUGCAGGGUUGAAGUGCCGAUUACAAUGCGUGGGGGAGGAGAGAUAUUGUCUAGAUGCAAGUAUACCAGACCCAGUAAUCUUGAUUGGUGCUUGGCGUAGGCAUAACUCGAUGAACUCUGGGAAUUCAGGUAGUGUUGGGAUCGCAAUGGAUAGGUACACAGCUGUUGACGACUGCCAGGAUGCACGUUCAAAUUCUGACGGUUUGGGCUCCAGAGGAACAAGGGACUCUAUAAGAAGUAGUCUAACUGCUUCCAGAGGAAAUAUCAGCGGAUCUUCACCACGCAACCACGGAGGCGUGUGGACACACAUUGAAGAAACUUGA